GUUGCAAUAAUAUGGGAAAAGAAAACAUACGUUUUUUCACUGCUUGGAUACUUUUGGGGAAAAUCUUUGCCAUUUUUUGUUCGGACCCUGAACUCACCACCAACUCUGUGUUUGUGAACGGCAGCGUCCCCCCCCCCCCCGCCUGUCACCACCACCGAGUGGCUCACGGAUUACACAGACAUCGUGUCCAAAUUCUCCCUGCGCUCGGCCGACAUUCCAGAUGAUGACAUGUGCUACAUUGUGGCCGGGAGGCCCGACACCAUCCAGGAGUGCAAGUUCAAUGCGCAGACGCAGACAUUUGUCAUCAUCCAUGGCUGGACGGUAACAGGCAUGUUUGAGAGCUGGGUGCCCAAACUGGUGUCGGCUCUGUACGAGCGCGUACCCAACGCCAACGUGAUCGUGGUGGACUGGCUGACGCGCGCUAACCAGCACUACUCAACCUCCGCAGCCUACACCAAGUUGGCGGGCCGAGACGUGGCCAAAUUUGUUACCUGGAUACAAAAAGAACUGCAGCUUCCCUGGGACAAGAUCCACCUGCUGGGUUACAGUCUGGGGGCGCACGUGGCCGGGAUUGCGGGGUACCUCACCGACCACAAGAUCAGCAGGAUCACAGGUAAACCGAACAUGUCCAUUACUACUUAUUCAUGCGGAUAUAGCCGUUCAGGAGUUCAAUAUACUCAAUCGCACAAUGUAAGGUAUAAUGUUUCAUCAUUUACAUCUCUCAGGUGUUCUUCGAAAAAUAAUAAUAAAUAUAAAACAAAUAAUAAAACAACAAUAUUAUCGUCAGCCGCUAUGCAGAUUUUGAACAUUAACGCUGCACUUAAUGAUCUGAAAUUGUACCGAAAUAUAUUAAAACAAACCAGUUAUAAAAGAUGA